AUGGCCCGAAGAACCCAUAAAAAAUCACGGAACGGCUGCAUUGAAUGCAAGCGCCGCCACAUGAAGUGCGAUGAAAAAAGACCUAUAUGUUCCAACUGUGUCAGCUCUCAACGUCACUGCGAGUUUGCCGAGCCUUACUCUGUCGUGGAGGGCUCCCGCAGUGCAAGUCGUGAAGCAACGACCGCAUCACCCUCUACCGUAUCAACGCCUGGAGCUCUGCCUCCUAGGUCUGUGCCUGAGCCUGUCAUAUCUCCAGAAGAUGCUGCCGUGAACAUGCUUCAUGUUGAAUUUGUUCAUAACGUCUGCUCAGAAAGAAUGAAUAUUUUCAACAGCGUGGAUGCUGCUCUCGCCACCGUCUCAUUUCCCGACAUUCUACACCAUGGCCUGAACGCACCGUAUCUCAUGAACGAGUUGUUAUCUCUCAGCGCUCUUCAUCUCAGCAUCGUCAAACCGGAGAAGCAAAAGUUUUACCAACAUCAUUCUACCCAGUUGCAGAACUAUGCAUUGAGCUCUUUCAAUGCAUUAUCAUCGCAUAUCACUGAUGAAAACACCAUCCCAAUUUUUCUCUUUGCCGGCAUUCUGGGACUGCAUAAGUUGUGCGAGACCUUGGUAUUCCGCGAUGACAAUUUCGAAAACUUUCUUGAUCGAUUUGUGCAGUAUGUCAUCCUACAUUAUGGGGUUCGCACGGUAGCAGGUCAGGGAAGAUGGCAUCUCUUGCAACAAAGCAGUCUGAAGCCAAUUCUGGAGCUUGGGGAAAGGAUUCCCGCUCUGGACUCCACUUUGGGUCCAGUAUGCCAGGGUCUAUUAGACCGAAUCAGAGGCCUUGACUUGGAUGAUUCUAUCUUCAAGGUGUAUACGCAGGCCGUGCAAGCUGUACAAUCAAUGAUGACCUUGGUAGAAGAGCGUGCUCCCGGAAAACACAGCUUAGAUGUCCUGGCUGCAUGGUCUGUGCUUCUUCCCCGGGAAUAUAUUGACUUACUGGCAGAGCGAAGAUGUGAAGCCUUGGUUAUCUUUGCUUACUAUGGUGCUCUCGUUGAUACCCACAAUCAUCUGUGGAUAUUUGGUGACGGCGGUGAGUAUGUGGUCACCUCGAUCAGCCAGUAUCUUGGGGCACAGUGGGAGGAGUGGCUCCAAUGGCCACUUCAAAAUCUCACUGGGAAAGCCCAUGUACAUGUGUAA